GCCACAUUUUCCUGGGGCCAACAAUGCACCAUGCAGUGACUCCCCAAACAUUGGACAGAUACACCCAUUGGCAAAGAAAGUCAAGCUUUCAGCCGAAUUUAAUGUAAAAACACUUGGGAUAUAAUCAAUUCUUGUGAAUAACCGUUCUAUAAACCAUUUAGCAUUAUUGAAAUACACCAGAAAUUACGAAAGCUAAACCGUGAUAAGAAUUCGGGAAUGUGACAUUUUGAAAAUACUUAUCUUCUCCAGUAAGCGCAUAAAGGAAGCUGCAUUGUGCUUCUAGAGACGAUUCAUACUUCGUGAUGAACUGGCGGCGAAAUAACGGUCGUGGCGGUGUCCACUUCACAAGGCCGAAAAAGACGCCACAAGAGGACCUCCCCCCUCUGUCCCCUAACAUGGUAAGGUUCGUGGCCGUAAGCGAUACGCACAGCCGGGCAGUGAAGGCGGAGGUACCAGAUGGAGAUGUCCUCCUCCAUGCAGGGGAUUUCACAGGGCGAGGCACACUCAGCGAGGCCAUGCAGUUCAAUAUGUGGCUUGGGACGCUUCCUCACAAGCACAAAGUCGUGAUAGCAGGGAACCACGACGUCCUCCUAGACGCUGAGGAGUGCGGCCGAGCUCGAGCUCUUCCCGCUGAUCCCACUCGAUUCCUCACCAACGCCAUCUAUUUGUGUGAUGAUAGUGUGACUCUCUUCGGCAUCAAAAUAUAUGGUACUCCGUGGAUACCCGAAUACCAUUCGCCCAUGAAAACGGCAUCAGAUAAGUGGAAAGAAGAGAAAUACCCACACCUGCGAGCCUUCGAAAUACCCCGAGGAGCACCCCUCCGGCAGAAGUGGCAAGCCAUUCCCGAGGACACGGAUAUCCUGCUGACCCACACGCCGCCCCUGGGUCAAGGCGACCUGACCGCACGAAAGAAAAGGGCCGGGUGUGAGGACCUCCUGGAGGCCGUGCAGCGUCGAGUGAAGCCCAAGUACCACGUCUUCGGCCACAUACAUGAAGGCUACGGUGUCUCGAAGGACGCGCACACAGUCUACAUGAACGCCUCAGUCUGCAACUCGAGGUACCAGGCAGUCAAUAUCCCCCUCGUCUUUGAUUUGCCCUUGCCCGAUGGAGUGUCCAAGGCUUGAGUACGUACGGAUCAACUUACAAAAUUAAUAAGCAGAUCCAUCGUUGAAUAAAGGAAAGAGGAAGUA